AUGUCCGGAAACCCCCCCUCGAGACCGCAGGAGGAUGAAGAGCUAUAUAACGUGCUCAACCUUUCGCCGCCGACAUUCAAUGUGUCAAACUACCCCACUGAACAGGCACAGCUCAACCAGGAGAUGUUGGAGAUGGAACCGUUUGACGAUUUCCCGCAAGGAGGCCAGUUUCCGCUUGCGCAACAAGCACAGUUUCAAGUCUUUAAUGGGGAGAAAGUCGUCACCAAGCCAUUGCGACAGGCCAAUUUUUAUGAGGCGGACGAGCCAAUGUUUCAAGCUCCGGGAGACAUGGGUCCGCAACCCGUGCAGAACGUUUACCAGCACAUCGGCUAUCCGAUAGAUAACGAUCAUUUCACGAGUCAUGAAGAGCGUCAAUUUCACGAUAAUGCGUCUGAAAUCUCCUUGUAUGCGGGGAACUUGCCGCAAUUUGGCAAUGCCGAGUUUCUUUCGCCUGCAUCCCAAGCUAGUCCAUAUUCCCAGGGCCAAGGUCAGGUACAGGUACAAAAUCAGGGCCAAGAUCAGGGACAAGGCCAUGGUCAAGGACAUGGUCUAGGACAUGGUGAGCAAAAUUUCCAACAGCAAGGAUUUUUGCAAGUGAGGGCGUCGAACAAUUACUUGAGUCCGCUGAGCCAUUCUGCUCAUUCAGUGUACUCCGACAACUUUUCCCAACCUGGCUCGCCAUACUUGGACGCUGCAUCGCAGUUUAGCCAGAACAAUUUGGCUCCUCCAGUGGUGAACACCGCAUACUCCGAAGUCGGCUCACAGCACGGCGGUGGUGGUUCGAGCACAAAUCUCCAACAGCAACAUUUUGAUAAUUACAACAACAGCAACAACAACAACAAUAACAACAACAACACUAAUAGAGGCUACCACGACAAUGAGAUUCCGUUGGGUGGCUCUAUCAGCUCGACCAACUUGGCAAAUAUGAACAUGGCCAGCGCGUGGCAGUCGAAUAACGAAACUGGCAGAAGCGGAGAAUUGUUUGAAGAGUUGCGGUUCAAGGCUCCAAAUGACGAUGCUGCUCAAACUUCCAAUUUUGGAUUCGCACAGACAAUUGCGAAUUACGAGCAACCUCCACAGGGAGACACUUUUGACAAUAGCAAGUACAAUUUCCCCAGUCCGCAAGCCAAGUUUGAAUUCGACAUUACAGUCACCCCGCCACAACAGUCGGAUAACAAUUUCAAACCCCAGAAAGCUCCUCCCCAAUUUGAUAACUCGUUAAAAGACGUGGGCAACCAACUCUUAACAGAGAACAACUUGUCCACUUAUAACAACCAAGUGUCUUUUGAAAAUAGACAAAAUUUCCAACCUGCUGAAGAUCAGCCAGAAUCGCCCAAUAUUGUAAUUUCUAUUCACCAGGCCCCAGAAGAUGUCGCUGCAAGAACCCCUUCUUUAUUCAGCAAUUCAUCCGCCAAUUCCUCGGUUCACGAGUUAUCUAGAUCCAACUCGGUGAGUGAACUGAAGUCGAAAUCGGGAAACAAUCUACUUGUCUCCAACGAGCAACUCAUGCCUUUCAAAUCCAACGAAACCAAUGAAGAGAGCAGCAAAGAUUUGCUCAACCCUGAGCAUCAAUCUAUACGACGCGGCCGAAGGAGAAGCCAUGCAUCGAAAUCAUCGCCUAGUCUUUCACCACGACCGCGCUCAAGAUCUUCCAAAGGCUCAAGAGGCAGGGGCAAUGGCAAUGGCAAUGGCAGGGGCAGUAGCAGUGUCAGUGGUGAUGACCAUGACGAGGAAGAGGAGGACGAUUAUGAUGAUGAUGGUGAUGAUGGUGAUGAGAGAGACGAUGGAGGUAGCAGGUCAUCGCAAAUUUCAUCUAGAGAGAAAAUGUUGGAACUUGCUCUGCCGAACCAAUUGUCGAAAAGAACUCAAAAACAUCCUAGCGUUUACGCAUGUCAUUUAUGCGAAAAGAGAUUUACUCGGCCGUACAAUUUAAAAUCCCAUCUACGAACCCAUACCGAUGAACGGCCGUUUAUAUGCAGCCAAUGUGGCAAGGCGUUUGCGAGACAACACGAUAGGAAAAGACACGAAGAUCUACAUUCGGGUGAGAAAAAAUACCAAUGUAAAGGGUUCUUGAAAAACGGCGAGCCCUACGGCUGUGGUCGAAAAUUUGCCAGGGCAGAUGCCUUGCGGCGACAUUUCCAAACCGAGGCCGGUAAGGAAUGUAUUCGAUUGUUGAUUGAAGAAGACGAGGCUGAAAAGGGCGGAGGCUUGGGAAGCUCUUCAGCUCUGCGAGUUAACGAAAUUGCUGAUCUGUUGGUAAUGAAUAAGGAAGCUCUAUUCAACCCUGGCUCGGCUGGUUCGAUCCCACUGGUUGCCAUUUCUUCUCCACAACAAAUAAGCAAAUGA